UAAUAAUCGGACUGAGACAACAAAAUCCUUCAUUUCAUUCACUCACCCAUCAGCAUCCUAACAAAGCAGCUUUCAAUCUCUACACUCUCAUCAUUUUGUUUCUUCUCCCUUCUUUCUCCUCUUCCUUUUUUCUUUUGAUUGUAUAUUUGUUAGAUCUACCUGGCCUUUACUGCGUAUUCAACCCACCCCAUUACUCGAAUAUCGAGAUCAAAUUCAACCCACCCAAUGAGGUUUUUGCCAUUUAUAGUGGUAGUAGUGAAGGGAAGCAUAGAGAGAAUAAGAUCAAAGUUUAGGUAUGUAAAAGUUUAGAAUCCGAGGCAUAGAGUUCUUGAGACCUCAUUACGAUUCCCUUUGAACCAAACAGUAUCUGUAAAUACCCUUCCCCAAAAAAUAAAAAUAAAAGAGUUUGUUCCUUUUUGAAGGCAAAGUUUUAUUUUAUAAGGGUGUGUGUAAAGAGUUAGCUUUAGCAUGCGUGUAUUGGUUUUAAUAAAGGGAGGAGCGUCCUACAAAAGAAACACAAACUGAGUGAACAAUGCAAGAAAUCACGAAGAAGAUUGGAUGUGCUAAUGAAGACUCCAAGAAGAAGGAACGACAUAUUGUUACGUGGAGUCAACAGGAGGAUAACAUACUGAGGGAGCAGAUUACCAUACAUGGAACUGAUAAUUGGUCAAUUAUUGCAUCUAAAUUUAAAGAUAAAACAACGAGACAGUGUAGAAGAAGAUGGUACACAUACUUGAACUCGGAUUUCAAGAAGGGGGGAUGGUCACCAGAAGAAGAUAUGCUUUUAUGUGAGGCCCAGAAAAUAUUUGGUAAUAGAUGGACGGAAAUAGCCAAGGUGGUUUCUGGGAGAACUGAUAAUGCUGUGAAGAACCGGUUUUCCACAUUGUGCAAGAAGAGAGCAAAAUAUGAAGCUUUAGCUAAAGAGAAUAACAAUCCAUAUAUGAACCAAAACAACAAGAGAGUUUUAUUCCAAAAUGGGUUCAAUGCAGAUGGAACACGAGAAAAUACAGAACUCAUUAAGAGAGCUAGGAGGUCACACAUCCCUGAUCUCGCAGAAAGCCACAACAUUGCAAACAGAUCACAUAGGGAAUCUGGAACAACAAUGAAUCCACGGUUCAGACCUCCAUUUACAGUGUUGGUUCAAAACUUACCCAGUGUAAACGGCUUGCCAGCCUCACAUUGUGAUAUGAAGGAGGUGUCAAAUAAUGCAGCUCAGAACAAUAAGACUCAAGGAAUGUUUCUUAGAAAGGAUGAUCCAAAGAUAACUGCUUUGAUGCAACAAGCAGAACUUCUUAGCUCACUUGCGCUAAAAGUUAACACAGAGGACACAGAACAGAGUUUGGAAGAUGCAUGGAAGGUUCUUCAAGAUUUCCUGAACCGAAGCAAAGAAAAUGAUAUCCUAAGAUAUACAAUCUCUGACAUCGAUUUUCAGUUUGAAGAUUUUAAAGAUUUGAUAGAGGACUUAAGGAGUACUAAUGAGGAAAGUCAUCUGUCCUGGAGGCAACCAGAUCUAUAUGAGGACUCUCCAGCCAGUUCUGAAUAUAGUACUGGAGCAACUCUAAUUCCUCAUCCAGCCUGUGAUAAACCAGAUCAAAUUCAAGCUGAGGUAGAUGCACUGCAUCAGGAUAUUGUAGCUGAAUUGCAAUCAAUUCAUAUUGGCGAGCAACAUUGCUUGGGGCAGCAAAAUAAAGGGAGUGCAAACACAAAUGAAGUGGUGUUAUUCCCCUCUGGUGGUGAAGACACGAACAACACUGGAGCUGUCUCUGUCUCAUCAAGUACAGCGUUCAGUUCCCCCCUCGAGGUUACUCCACUAUUCAGAUCCUUAGCAGCAGGGAUCCCCAGCCCAAAAUUCUCAGAAAGUGAGCGGAAUUUCUUACUAAGAACACUUGGAAUUGAGUCCCCUUCCCCCAAUCCAAGCACCAAUUCUGUCCAACCACCUCCCUGCAAAAGAGCCCUUCUCCAAAGUCUAUAACCACCUUCUCUGAUCUACUCACUUAUACAAUUCUAAAUGCUCUAAACCACUAUAUCUCAUCUUUGAUCCCAAGGGCGAGUACAACAUAUAUUGAGUUUUUUUUUUUUUUUUGCUUUCUUUUGUUUGAAUUCAGUUUCCCAGGAUUAUGGCCAUCUCAGCCUAAAAUUUUACAAAUAGGCUUAUACAAGAUCUGCAUUCCAAGACCCCUGGUCUAGGAUGUUGUUGAGCAUUCUACUCUCAGAAACAUCUAACAUGUUCUGAGUGCCUUUCACAUUUUUUCUUUUUCUAAAUUUUCUCUCUUUCAUAUUCUAAUAGAGGAGUGCCCUAAUACUUAGUAAAAUUCCCUCUUGGUUUUUUAGAUGUCUGUCAUUCUUUCGUUUGUCUUAUCAUGUGAUUGGUACCGGGCAUACCUUCUUCCAAUCCAGUUUUUGGCCUUGAAUAUUGUCAUUUGUACAGAACCUGCUACAUAAACCCUAGUCAGAGUGUAAUUAUACAUAGGCAGCUCGCCUAUAUAAGACUAAAGAAACAGACCCCCAAAAAAAAAAAAAGUAAAGAUGAAUAACAAGUUGAGCCGAUUCAUAUUUGUUGUUUGUUUUAUGGUGUGCAAAGGGUAUAGAAUAAGUUUCUACCUAAUUUUUGUGUGUUUUCAUUUCCAUGAUUUAUAAUGUAAUGUAAUUUGAUACUGCUAGUGUGGAAAUUUGUUUUUGCUUUGGCGUGUA